AUCCACCCCCUUAGUGUUUACUUCCGGUUCGCGAUUACCUUACGAACAUGUGAGAGUGUAUACAAGCAGUUUAAUUUUGGGAAAUAUUGAAGGAAUUUCAGUUAUCGUUUGGGUUAGAUUAUUCUAUCAUGGCAUCGGCAGAGGAGGACUUUCCCCGUGGAGGCACAGCCAAGACCACGCAGGUGACCAAGCCUGAGAAAUCUCGAGUGGAAGUGGACAACCUUUUCGAGACACGUGUUCCUGAGGUUAAGAAGAAAAGGAAGUCUACCAAUGAAGACGAGGAGCAAAAUGCCAAGAAAGUAAAGAGCAAAGAGGCCUCCCUAAAGCUCAACGCUGCUUCAAAAGUAGACAUCCUACAUCUGAAAGAUCUGAAGGUGGGCACCUUACUGCUAGGUUGCGUCAAGGAAGUAAAUGACUUUGAGAUUGUGGUCGGACUUCCCAGCGGCCUAACAGGAUACCUGCCUGUGACCAACAUCUCUGAAUCUUACAACAAGAUCCUCAGUGACCAGCUAGACAGCGGAGAACUUGUGGAGGAUUUUGUGCCUCUCCCUCACCUCUUCAGUCCUGGCUGCGUGAUCAGAUGUGUGGUGUCCUCUCUGGUGGAAUCCAAAGACGGUAAUGUGAGCCUCAAGGUGUCCAUCAACCCGAAGGAAGUCAACAAAGCCUUGACCUCCGGGUCCCUGAAGGCUGGCAUGACCGUCAGUGGAUGUGUGGAGAGCAUUGAGGACCAUGGCUAUCUCAUUGAUAUCGGCCUCAGUGAGACCAAAGCUUUUCUUCCCAAGGCGUCUGCAAAAGCCUCAAAACAAGACCUGAAGCCGGGGCAGUACGUCGAUUGUCUGCUGGAGGAUGUGAAGAGCGAGGGCCGUCUGGUCCGUCUGUCCGUGGACCCGUCCGCCAUCUCCGAGGCCGUGGCCGACACAGAGCACGGCUGGACCCUGAGCAACCUGUGUCCAGGCCUGCUGGUCAACGCCACGGUCAAGACGGUGACCGCUCAUGGACUCAUUCUGGAGUUUCUCGCCUCCUUCUCUGGCCUGGUUGACUUCAUGCACAUUGACCCAGACAAGGAUUCCUACAGGAAAGGAGAGGAAGUGGUGGCGCGGGUGCUGUAUGUGGACCCCUCCGACCGGAAGGUGGGCCUGUCCCUGCGCAGCCACCUCCUGCCACCGGGGGGCGCUGAGCUGGACUGCGUGCAGAGCGAGCGCGUGGGCGAGGUGCUGCAGGGCUGCAAGGUGGCGGCGGUCCACUACCACUCCGGUGCCAUCCUGGAGCUGCCCGACGGCACUAAAGCAUUUGGCCACAGAAACCAGCUGAAGGAACCCAACGAGCCGUUUGAGCCGAGCCACCUGCAGGCCCAGCCUGAGCUCACCUGCCGCAUCACCGACUACAGCCCACUGGAGCAGCUGCACCUCAUCAGCCUCCGCAAGAGCACCAUCGAAGCCCCCUUCUUCAGAUACAGCGACCUGAAGCCUGGGCAAAUCGUACAGGGCACCAUCUUGAGUCUGCAACGCUUUGGCCUGAUAGUGAGGGUGACGAGUCACAUCAAAGGCUUGGUACCACGCAUCCACUUGGCAGAUGUCGCCAUCACCAACCCUGAGAAGAAGUUCACCGUGGGCAACAAAAUCAAGUGCAGGGUGUUGUCAGUGGAUGGUCCUGCCCGGAAGCUGUAUUUGACGAGAAAGAAGGGGAUGGUGGAUUCCUCGCUGCCGGUGUUUGCCACAUACGCGGACGCCCGCGUGGGCCGCAUCGCGCACGGCUUCAUCGUCUGCGUCAAGGAGUUUGGCUGCAUCGUGCGUUUCUAUGGCGACGUGAAGGGCCUGGUGCCCAUGCGGGAGCUGAGCACUGAGCACGUGAUGUUCCCCCAGCAGCACUUCUACUCCGGCCAGGUGGUCAAGGCCAAGGUUCUUCAGUGUGACCAGGAGAACGAGAAGCUGCUGCUGUCCUUCAGAGCCGUGCUGCAGGGGGACACCGAGGGCCAGGAGCAACCAGUCAAGCCAAUCAAGCCAGUCAAGCCGGUCUACGACUUUCAUGUUGGAAAGAAUGUAGAGGCGCGUGUGGUCAGUAAGGUCCCGGAAGGGCUGAACGUGGCCAUCCUCCCCGAGGAGGUGCCCGGCCUCCUACCCACAAUGCACCUCUCAGACCACGCGUCCAACUGCCAGCUCCUCUGGGACGCCCUGCAGGAGGGAGACAUCAUCUCAGACGCCGUGUGCCUGAGCAAGACCAAGCAGAACGUUAUCCUGACCAAGAAGCCCCUGCUGAAGGCGUGCCUGGAGGUGGGGGCGGCGGCCACGGAGUUCUCCGGCCUGAAGCUGGGUCUGGAGCUGACGGGCUGGGUGAAGAACAUCAUGGCCUACGGGGUGUUUGUGGAGUUCCCCCACGGCCUCUACGGCCUGGCCCCCAAAGCUGCCAUGAGCGACCAGUUCGUGUCCUCCACGGCAACCGUGUUCCAGAUGGGCCAGACGGUGCGGGCCAAGGUGACCAACCUGGACGAGGAGAAGCGCCGCUUCCUGGUGUGCCUGAAGGCGUCGGAGCUGAGCAGCCCAGAUGGAGAGGGACAGGAGAGACUGACCCGGGGCCUGCAGGAGAGGAAGGUCGCCACGGAGAUGAUGACCGGAAGAGAUGGCUCUGAUCUGUUGCAGCAGCUGACCUCAUUGGUUGUGGGCAGCAAGCUGAAUUUGACGGUCGGUGAGGCGCAGGAGGACGGCUCCUGCUCCUUCUCCUCAGACGACCUCCCCACCGUCUCCAUCCUGGCCUCCAAGCAUCACGUCAGCGGUGUGGAGCUGACCUCUGGACAGAAGGUCAAGGCGGUGGUGCUGCAUGUCGACCCCACGACCCCUCUGGUGCACAUCUCUCUCCUGCCCGCGCUGCUCGGCAACAGGAAAGCGUUGGAGAGUGGCUCAAAGCAUGUAGCUGAGAUACAACACAUUGAGGGCGACUUUGCUGUGGUCUCCCUCGGCGACACGGCCCAUGUAACCGUUGUCCCGGUGACGGCUCACCUCAACGAGACCUUCGGCAGCGAGUCCGAGCGGCCGAAGCCCGGCGACACCCUAAAGGGAACGGUCGUCGUCACGGAACCCAGCAGCAAGGUCCUGGACGGCCUGCCGCUGGUGACCCGUGAAGCCGGGGGCGUCGCCAAGUGGUCCGCCACGGCUAUGGCUGCGGCCCGGGGUCAAAGGACGGUGUCAGAGGGCCGCGCCUCGCUGCACAGUUUCCGCUGUGGGGACCUGGUGACGGCCGUCGUCAGCAGCAUCAAGCCCAUGCAGGUGCGUCUGACCCUGCCUGGAGAUGUGACGGGCUCGGCCCACGUGACGGAGGUUCUGGAGGACCCGACGCCGGGCUCCUUCCCCACCAGCUCUCUGAAGGUGGGCCAGCAGGUGGAGGCCCGCGUCAUCGGGGGGAGGGACAUCCACAGCCACAAGUUUCUGCCCAUCUCCCACCCCGGCUUUGUCUACUCGCAGCCCGUCCUCUCCCUGCUUCCCAGGAAGCUGAAGGAGGACGUGGACCCCAAAGAGCUGGAGGGCGGAGCCCAGCUGGAGGACCUCACGCCUGGGCAGGAGAUCGUCUGCUACGCCUCCAAGUAUCUUUCAGCCAUAAAGUGUCUCGAGGUUGCCGUGACCCCGAAGAUAACGGGUACUGUGGAGGUCUUAGCCAUGACCAACAACGCCAAGGAGGCCAGGAGACCAGAGAAGCUGGUGAAGGUUGGCCAGGCCCUGAAGGCCAGGGUGGUGUCCGUGUCCAGCCAGCCCAAACACCUCUAUCUCUCCCUCACCGGGACCCACACAUUGGCGCCGGGGAGCAUCGUCAUAGCAGCCGUGCGUAAGGUGACACCGCAUGUGGGCCUGGCUCUCAAGCUGCCGUUCGCGGCCACGGGCACGGCGUCCCUCUUGGACCUGUCCGACAGCUACGCGCCCAAUCCACUGCAGCAGUACCACGAGGACCAGCUGGUCAGGUGCUGCAUUGUUGAAGUCAAUAAAGAGAACAAAUAUCAUGUGUCGCUCCGACCGGCAAGGACUCACCCGGGAAAGAAGCUGCCAAUCACAGACGCGGAGGUGCUCUCCAUCGGGGAGCUGAAGGAGAGCCAGGUCCUACGGGGUUAUGUGGCCACCGUGGGAGAGAAGGGCAUUUUUGUCAGGUUAUCACGGACCAUCACUGGGCGAGUGGAGUUUAAGAAGGCUACCAACUACUACGUGAGCGAUCACAGUCUCUAUUCUAAACACAUACCGCAAGACACACUGCUCACUGUCAAAAUUCUGAGUGUGAACAGCGAGAACAGCCAUGUGGAACUGUCCACGCUCCCAAAGGACACCGGGGCGGCGGACAUCCUCCCAGAGUCCCUUCACCUGCCGCUCAGGAAGCGACUGGAGAAGAAGAGGAAGAGGAAGAUAUCAGAGAGUGCAGCGGUAGUGGUAGCGCAAGCUCCUGUGGAAAAGAAGAAGAAAAAGAGCAAUAAUAAGAAGAAGCCCAAGACGGAGACAGCUGACACUGACAGCGGGGUGGAGGUGUACUUCAGAGAGGAGGACACGGAGUCCUCUAAGAAAGCUCCAGCGAAUGUUCCGGAAUCUCAGCCUUCCACAGGCCCAGCGAGGUUGCAGGUGUCUGCCGGCUUCUCCUGGGACGCCAGCCUCAGCUCGCUCCGCCCCGCCACCGCCACAGCCGCCGCCAACCACGAGUCCAGCGGGGAAGAAGAGGAGGAAGAGCAGCAGGUGGAGAAGAAGGCUCCAAAGAAGACCCGUAAGGCCCUGGAGGAGGAGUCUAAGCGUGAGGAGGCGGAGCUUCGACGCCAGGAGGUGGACCUGAUGGACCCGGCGCAGCGUCCUCAGAGCGCGCACGCGUUUGAGCGCCUCCUGCUGGCCUCGCCCGACAGCUCGCUGGUCUGGCUGCAGUACAUGGCCUUCCACCUGCAGGCCACCGAGAUCGAGCAGGCCCGUGCCGUAGCAGAGCGCGCCCUCAAGACCAUCUCCUUCAGGGAGGAGCAGGAGAAGCUGAACGUGUGGGUGGCCCUGAUGAACCUGGAGAACAUGUACGGCACAGAGGAGAGCCUGCAGAAGGUGUUUGAGCGCGCCGUGCAGUACUGCGAGCCCAUGCCCGUCUACCUGCGCCUGGCCGACAUCUACGCCCAGUCCAACAAGAUCAAGGAAGCCGAGAACAUGUACAAGACCAUGGUGAAGCGGUUCCGUCAGGAGUCGGCGGUGUGGCUGAGCUACGGAACGUACCUGGUGCGGCAGGGCCAGAGCGACGCCGCCAACGCCCUGCUGCAGAGGGCGCUCAAGAGCCUGUCCAGCAAAGAGCAUGUGGACUUGAUCACCAAAUUUGCUCGCCUGGAGUUCCAGCACGGCGACAAGGAGCGGGGCAGGUCAAUGUUCGACAAGGUGCUGACCAGCUACCCCAAGCGCACCGACCUCUGGUCUGUCUUCAUCGACCUGAUGAUCAAGCAUGGCAGCCAACAGGAAGUUAGGGAGCUGUUUGACCGUGUGAUCCACCUGAGCGUGGCGGUGAAGCGGAUCAAGUUCUUCUUCAAGCGCUACCUGGAGUACGAGAAGAAGAACGGCACGCCGGAGACCAUCCAGGCCGUCAAGCAGAAGGCCCUGGAGUACGUGGAGAACAAGGGGACCGUGGAGGCCAGCUAGAGCCAAGAUGUCCCACACACACACACACACACACACACACACACACACAGAGAAGGCCUACAAGAAGAGACCAGGAAUGCUCUGAAUACCUGUGGUCACUUUCACUCACAGGCAGAGACACACCUGGUUCCCCAUAUGAUGAUUUGAUAAGAUCAUCUUACUGGACUGAUGCAUACUGGAUGGUGAAGCUGGAUGAAGGUUUAAUGUAACGAGUGAACAUGGCUGCGUGCGUCUACAGAGAAAGGGUUGAAUGGGUCUGUGUGGACAUUUUUAAUACAUGUGUAAUUUAUACUAGCUGCAAGACCUUCAGCUGCUAUCAAAAUACUUUCUCUCUAUGUUCUGAAAAAUGUUGCGUUGCAGUGCAUUGAGGCAGUGUGUCUUGUGCGUUUUUGUAAUAAAACAACCAGUGAUUUCAGU